AUGCAUUUUGCUUAUUUGUUUCCUUAUACUUCAUUCAGAUUGGAAGAUACUACUUUCGCCGUCGUCAAGACCGUCGUCGCUCUCGUCCUUGUGGCCGUCGCUUUGGCUGCUCCUUCACAGCCUUCUUACGAUUACUCUCCUCCGGCAACUUAUGACUCUCCUGCUAAGUACGACUUCAACUACGCUGUCAAGGACGACUACUCCGGAAACGACUUCGGUCACCAGGAAGCACGCGACGGAUACAACACUCAGGGUUCCUACUUCGUCCUCCUUCCCGACGGUCGUCUGCAGAGGGUCACCUACACUGUCAACGGCGACUCUGGUUACGUAGCUGAGGUCAGCUACGAGGGUGAAGCCCAGUACCCCGAGUACCAUCCUACUCCUGCCUACAAGCCUACUCCUGCUUACAAGCCUGCUCCUGCUUACAAGCCCGCCCCAGCCUAUGAACCCGUCCCUACUUCCGCCUAAGUGUGUAUGAACUAAUAUAUGCAAGAUAUUUAUUA